AGGCACACUCCAUGUAUGCAUAGUUAUCCAUGACUCGUUUGAGUGGGUGUCAACCGCCGUUAAACCUCAUCGAAGAAGAAGACUCGUUAGAGAUACCACUUGAGUAUCUGGUCAAUAUAAUAGGAAAUCUGUGAAGAAAUCCAUCCCAGAGUGACGCACAAAUCCGCGACGAUUUUAUACGCAUACGUCAUUUUACUGCUUCUUCAGUAAAUUUGUUUGGAGAGACAAGAUGGCGUCAGAAUCAGCGGAACCGUUGGCAGAACAAGACACAGAACUAGACGAGUUAUUGGACAGUGCGCUCGAUGACUUUGAAAAGACAAAGUCGGCCCCCCCAGCCCCAGUUCCUGCUGCUGCCGUGGCUCCCCCGUCAGCCAAUGGCAGUGAGGAGAAACCCCCUCUACUGGAAGACAGUCAGUUCUUCGAGGCUCUGUUUGAAGGGGAGAUGGCCUCUCAGGCGAAGGAGGAGUGGGAGAAAGCCAUGACUGAACUCGCACAGGAAGAGCCUGAGCUGCUGCAACACUUUCACAAAUUGUCAGAGGCAGCAGGAAAAGUUGGUACUGAUGUAGCCUCCCAACAAGAAUUCACUUCCUGUCUCAAAGAUACCCUCAGUGGAUUGGCGAAAAAUGCAGACAACUUACAGAGUGCAGGUUUUGCUGGAGAGGAUCUAGCAAAGACUCUGGAAGGGCUGGGAUUGGAUGAGGGUGGAGAGGGGGGCGGGGAAGACGGAAACAUCCUGCCGAUUAUGCAGUCCAUCAUGCAGAAUCUACUCUCCAAGGAAGUGCUCUACCCGUCUCUCAAAGAGAUCACUGAGAAGUAUCCUGAGUGGCUGAACAGCAAUCGUCAGUCCCUCCCCCCAGAUCAGUUCCAGCGCUACGAACAGCAGCACAAGGUCAUGGGAGAGAUCUGCAGCCAGUUUGAGAAGGAGGGAGAGCAAAGUGGAAGGGAUGGGGAGAAUAGCUUUGAGAGCAUUCUGGAACUCAUGCAGCAGCUACAAGACCUGGGCCAACCACCCAAAGAGCUGGCUGGUGAAUCGCCACCUGGCCUGAACUUUGACCUGGAAUCCCUGAAUCUCCCAGGAGCCUCUGGGGCUGGAGCGGCAGAGCAGUGCUCAAUCAUGUGAUGUCAGAGCAGCCAGUUCAAUGGAUGCACAGGCUAGGGGCUGUGUGCGAGGGGGGUGAUGAGAGAGGACCAUCGAUCACAAGACAAGGAGGAGAACGAGACUGUUUGCACUGCUCUCCUCCUAACAGAUGUUUCUGUGUCUAAAUAGAAGGCACGGUGAACGGUGGCACAACAAACCAAUGUGACCACCCUUCGGUAACUCACUGAUCAUCACAUCACUGAUUUUAAAUUAAUUGCUUUGGUUUGUCAAAAGCUCUUCCAGGUCAUUCGUAGUACAGGUAGUAGCAUUCCCACACACACAGCUCAACUGACUAGCAGUUGACUUAUCAGGCCGUUUUUACACUCACAAUUGUUUAGCCUCAUGGUAGAACUGGUUGAACAGCCCUAUUGGUUAAAAUGGUGCCUUGCAUUAUUGUUAUAAACCUUACAGAAGGGAUAAUGGGAUUCUCUGUGGUGAGUUGCUGAGUGAUGAUUGAGUUGUUUCAUAGCUGCAGUAUCAUCAUGGGGCAGCGUACCCAACAAAGGGUGUUGAGUCAGUGUCACAGUUCCACUAAUCAAUAAAGUAACACCAACACCCCAGGGGGUUGAUUAGGUUGUUUCUGACCACUAGUUUAGAGUGAUAAAAAUUCAUAAUUAAUACUGUUAAUAUAACAAAUUCGUGUAGAUUAAUAUUGAUGGUUGCUUAACCAGUGUACAUUUGUGAAUUAUUUAAAGAAAAGAAAAUCGAGGAGUUAAACUUAACUCGUUCUAAUUUCAUAAUAUCAUAAUCAUAAGCCAGCUAGCUGAUUUUAGAGAACGACUUUACCUUGGUUCUUGGUUAGUUAUACAGUAUCUUCCCAAUAGCUGCUAUGUUGUACAACAGACUGUAGAUGGCUGUGCACUUGAUUUGACCUCUAGUUUUCAUGACGUCGGUUGAAACAUCAUUGUUACAUCGACAAGAUGUAAGAGCCAGUCCUGUGGCAAAUUAUGACAUGUUUAUAACUUACAUUAUUAGAGUUUUUAAACAGGUUGGUGCUCUGGUUUGCGCAUUGGCGCUCGGAUUAGACAGCCUGGGUUCGAGUCGCGGUGGGGCUAGAGCCAAGGUCGGUCAGCAACCGUCGGGGUUAAGACGUCCCCCGAAUCCCGGGGGCUUCUGUCCAGUAGUGGGACCACAGCCAGACCACCAAGAUGAUUAACUAUUUUGGGACUGCGAUUAUAACCCUCUUAGCUUUUUAUGUGCUACAAGUUAUGUCCACGUUAUGGAAAAACGUGACCACAAUGUCGAAAUAGGAUUUGUGCCAUCAGGAGAAAAUGGGCCUCCUGUAGCUCAGUUGGUAGAGCAUGGUGCUUGUAACGCCAGGGUUGUGGAUUCGAUUCCCACGGGGGGCCAGAAUGAAAAAUGUAAGUCGCUCUGGAUAAGAGCGUCUGCUAAAUGAAGAAAAUGUAAAAUACUGUUUCACACGAUUAUAUUGAAACAAGUACCACUACUGGUAUGUGACCCUGCUUUGAUCUAAAGAAAAAUGAUCCAAAUAAUACGAAUAUAUAGCAUUUAUUUGUUAAGGGACAGAUGCAAGUAGUAAAACAGUUCAAAUGAUUUCCUAUAAUCUUUAAAAGUGUUGAAGUGAUGUGCAAAAAUGACUUUUCCCAGUGGCCUUUGAUUAGUAGAGUUAGAAUUACUGUGAAAGUACCCCCCUUGUGUUUGACAGUGGUUUGCUAUUCCUUUGGAGUGAGUGGAGUGGAAUGACAUUUUUGAUAUUUCAUAUGCCAACAUAUGCAUUGACUGAAUCUUGGGGAGUAGCCCUGUAGUUAGUAAUGAUUUUCAUUAGUCGAAUUGGGUACUACUUUUUUAGGCUACCGUAUGUACUCUUUCAUACUCUGCAUCCAGACAUGUCCUGGUCGUGUAAUUUAUUGGCAGCUGGCAUCUAGAGCAGUCACCUUAUCACCUCAAACAUGUAUUUAUUUAUUUAACCAGGUAAGCCAGUUGAGAACAAGUUCUCAUUUACAACUGCGACCUGGCCAAGAUAAAGCAAAGCAGUGCGAUAAAAACAGCAACAACACAGUUACAUAUGGGAUAAACAAAACGUACAGUCAAUAACACAAUCGAAAAUAGAACAUUCAAUGUGUGCAAAUGUAGUAAGUUAUGGAGGUAAGGCAAUAAAUAGGCAAUAGUGCAAAAUAAUUAAAAUGUAAUAUUAACACUGGCGUGAUAGAUGUGCAGAAGAUGAUGUGCAAAUAGAGAUACUGGGGUUACUGCAGAAGGAAAAUGAUCAGUCCAUGUAACUUUGUCGGAGCUGAUAGCCUCUGCUCUCAGGACUGGUGCUAUUCAACCAAUUAUUUCCACCCGAUUAGCAACAUUUCUCUUUCCACUGGCAUCAUUAAAUUAUCAUCCUGAAUAUAUUGUAUAAAUCAACUAACUCUGUGGAAUAUGUAGGCCUAUUAUGAAAUAAACUAACAAUGUUUAUGAAAUAAACAAACCAACUCUGCUGUU